AUGGCUUUCGAAGACUAUUUCUCAUUCCAAGUGUUUUUCAUAUUCCUCCGGGAGUCUCUAGAGAUUGCCGUUAUUAUUUCUAUUCUUUUAACCAUUGUCAAGCAAGGUUUAUCUGUCGGUGAUGACUCUGAAGAUACAGGGAAUCAAAUCAGCCAUGGUAUCGAUGAUGGCAUUCCAAUAAAUGAUGUAAAUGCAGAACGUAUACCUUUAACAGUUGAAGAAGAGGAAGAAGCAUUCAAUAUUGAGGGUGAAUCAAUGGUUCCAUCAACUGACGAAUCACUUUCAUAUGCAGAUAACUUAAAACUUUACAAAAAACUAAAAAUUCAAAUUGUAUCCGGGGGUGCUCUGGGUCUAAUAAUAUGUGCCUUUAUUGGUGGUGCUUUUAUUGCGGUCUUUUAUCAUAUCGGUACCGAUCUUUGGACUAUGAGUGAGCACUAUUACGAAGGUAUAUUGAGUCUUGUGGCCUCGGUGAUCAUUUCGGUAAUGGGCUUGUUCUUCUUAAGAAUGGGUAAAUUAAGAGAGAAAUUCAGGGUCAAACUUGCGUCUAUCAUAUAUUCUGACCGUGGUGGAAUGAUCUCUAAAGUAAAUUCGAGUAAAGCAGUGAGCUUUAGUGAGAAAUAUGCAUUUUUUAUCUUACCGUUUGUUACAUCAUUACGUGAAGGUUUGGAAGCUGUUGUGUUUAUUGGUGGUGUAGGCCUCGAUCAACCAAUGAGCGCUAUUAUGGUUUCUAUGGCUUGUGCAGUCUGUAUUAGUGGCGUGUUUGGUGUAUUUUUCUUCCGCUACUCUAGUUCGCUAUCUCUUAAAAUCUGUCUUGUUGUUACUACCUGCUUCAUGUACCUGAUUGCAUCAGGAUUAUUCUCAAAAGGUGUAUGGCAACUGGAGUUACAAGAUUAUGUUAAUAAAUGUAAUGGACAAGAUAUGAGUGAAGUUGGAAGUGGACCUGGAUCCUACGAUAUCUCACGCUCAGUCUGGCAUGUAAACUGUUGUAAUGGCGAAACUGAUGGUGGAUGGAUGAUUCUAACAGCUAUCUUUGGAUGGACAAAUAGUGCCACAUAUGGCUCUGUUUUAAGUUACAUUAUAUACUGGCUAAUUUUAAUUGGCUGCCUGAAAUUACUUACUCUGGAAGAGCAAUACGGUUACAUUCCUGGGUUGCCAGUUUCAUGGCAAAAGAAGAGGAUAAUAAAAAGGCUGAAAAUUGCCCAUGCUUCACUAAAACUAAAACAAAAUAUUGGUUCUACCUCUAUGAGUAAUGGUGUUCAAUCACAGCGUGUUUCAAAGGAUAGCACUACCCCACUAAUAAGUCACUGA